UUGGAAACAAACAUUACUAUAUGACAGAUAGUAGCGUAUAUUCGAUAAUAUUGGACCCCUUCGUCAUUACUGUAUUUCCUUGGGUUCGGGGCCUCAGUGGUGCUCCUGAUGUCCCCCAAAGUCAACUUAUAGAUGUAAAUCGUGUUUCAUCGAUAUCAUUGUCUGAGAGCAACAUUUUGGGCAAAUAUAGGGCUCCGCCGACCAUUGAAGAACUGACUAAACAGUCGCGACAAAGUGCUAUUAGACUGACAUUAAACAUCCGGCUUCUGGAGGGACACGACGUUGAAUGGAAAGCAAUCAUUUGGAAAGAAAAUCUAUUGAUUCAAAUUCCUAACGGAAUAUCAUUGGAUAACUCUAAGGAAGCAUUCAUUAGUUUACUAGAAUUGGCCGAAGAAGAGCUUACCUGUCAAAGAGUGACUGUUUAUUUCGAUAAAAACAGAAGUGACAGAAAUUCAUUGAUUCGUUUAUUUAGUUUUAUUGGAUUUUCAGUGUUGGCGCCCAAUCAUAGUAUGUCUCCCGAGGACUCCUCAGAAAACAUGUUAUAUAUGGCGUAUAGUAUUUCUGGUUAAUUCGUCUAAUUAUCUAAUAAUCGCAAUCAUUCACUAUAUAAUUGAUAUCAUUUGACUUAUUUUUAAUUAGUUACUAUUUCUGUGUUUGUUUUUAUAUAAAAUUUUUAUUCAUUAAAUUUAUUCAAAACUCGCAAUUCCUAAUAAUCCAUGAUAUCUAUCGGUCGGCGCCCAAAAUAUCUUAAAAUCAAAGUCUUAUUCAAUAUUAUAUUCAUUACAAUAUUAAAUAUAAAUAGUUGUUUCUCAAACUUAACUGAUAUCGAUGAUUAACACGAUUAUGUACUAUUUUAAUUUUUAUUAUUAUUAUUAAUAAAUAUUAAUUUCU